CUAAGCUCUUUCAAAAUGUCGAAGGACACCAAGGCACAAGCCGCUGCGGCACAAAUGAUGGUCGAUGAUGAGCCAGAUGAGUGGGAUAAGAGAAUCUUCAGCACAGGCUGUGCAGACGAGAAUGCGAAGUUGACAGACUGCUACUACGAGAAGAAAGACUGGCGAGCGUGUAAAGCGGAGAUGGAAAUCUUCCGACAGUGCUGGCAAAAACAUGGGAAUGACAAGCGCACUGAUUCGAAGGACGUCUGAACGCCAUGCGAAUGUUCAACAGGGAGUCUCCAAUCAG